CAUGGUGUAAUUGCGAAAUCAAUUGCCAACAAUUAUGAAAUAGGACCAGAAGUACCCUAGGUCGACCCUCCAUGAAACUUUUGAAUUUCCUUCACAUUUUCGUAUCCCGUUUCAGGAAAGAUAAUAAAAAAACAAUAUCCUGAUAAGUCUUUUCUAGAGGCUGUAGCACCCUUAUUGAGAGGCAUUUUUUGACAGAUAAUAAUUGAACUUUUUCUUCAAUUUUUGGUCGAGAAAUACAUCACUUCCAAAUAUUGCAACGUUAUUUUGGGACACUCUGUAUAGAAGAUUCAUCAGGCGAUUAUGAUCGGAAGAUAUAAAUCACGCUAUGAAGAUAUCAAUAUGAUAAUAAUGUAUAUUUUUUUAUCUGAUUGAUAUAACACCACCGCCUUUAUUCAAGGGUAAGCUUGUUUUUUGGGAUACUUAUCAUCUAUCAUCAAUUAUAACACGUGGCAUGUGAAUAAAGGAAGAUAAUUCCACGUGCUUGAAAAUGUCAGAUAAAUUUGAUGCAGCCUAUUUUUCAGAUACGGAUUCAAUAUAUAAAACAAGUACACGAAAUCAAGGAAAACUAUUUUGUUAAAAAAUUGGUAAUACCUUUGUGGAAUAUGAGAGCUGUUAUUCAUUAUGCGGUUAUUGUCAUUGUUCUCUUCAGUGAAGCGAUAACUGAAGAUGUGCUCAACAACAGGAGAUUUCCAGAUGACUUUUUAUUUGGAGUAGCAACUGCUUCUUAUCAAGUAGAGGGUGCCUGGAACGAAGAUGGUAAAGGUGAAAGUAUAUGGGACCGUGUCUGCCACACAGUUCCAUCCCCAAUUACCAACAACGAUACUGGAGAUAUAGCGUGCGACUCAUACCACAAAUACAAAGAGGAUGUUGCUUUACUGGCGGAUCUGGGAGUCGACUUCUAUAGAUUUUCCAUUGCUUGGACAAGGAUUCUACCAACAGGUUUCAACAACAAUAUCAAUCAAGCCGGUUUGAACUACUACAAAAACCUCACCAAGGAGCUACGCGCCAAUGGCAUAGAACCAGUAGUGACCAUGUACCAUUGGGAUCUUCCCCAAUCCCUCCAGGAUCUAGGGGGAUGGCAAAACGAGUUGAUUGUUGACAGUUAUGUCGACUACGCUAGGAUUUUGUUCAGCGAGCUGGGCGACAGUGUCAAGUACUGGUUGACCUUCAACGAGGCCAAGCAGGUCUGCGACGGAGGAUACGGGGUAGCUCAGAAAGCGCCGCUCAUCGAAUCGCCUGGUAUAGGAGAGUAUUUGUGCGCGCACAAUUUGCUCAAGGCCCAUGCCGGGGCUUGGAGAUUGUAUGAUGAAGAGUUUAGGAAAGAUCAAGAAGGAAAGGUGGGAAUUGCAAUUGAUACUUCAUGGUAUGAGCCAUUCUCUUACAACAGUACUGCAGACAUAGAAGCAGCGGAAACGAAGCAACAGUUCUCGUAUGGAUGGUACGCAAAUCCGAUUGUCCACGGCGACUACCCAUGGGUGAUGCAAGCAAAAAUCGCCGUUAGAAGCGAGCAGGAAGGCUUCGGCAAAUCACGCCUGCCAGAAUUCACCCAGGAAGAGAUAAAGUACAUCAAGGGAACCUAUGAUUUUCUAGGCCUCAACACAUACUCGACCAGCUUGAUCAACGCUACCGACGAUCCUGACCCAUCGAAGGGUUGGGCCCAGGAUGCCGAAGUCAUCGAAUGGCAGCCAGAUGAAUGGGAAGGAAGUUCGUCUAGUUGGCUGAAGGUAGUUCCUUGGGGAAUGAGGAAAAUCCUUAGGUGGCUGAAAGAAACCUAUAAUAAUCCAAGGAUCCUGAUUACAGAGAACGGUUAUUCGGACAAUGGAACUUUAGCAGAUGAUAAAAGAAUAAGUUACUACCAGAGAUAUAUGAGUAGCUUACGUGAUGCGAUGGAGUUAGAUGGAGUCGAUGUCAUGGGAUACUGUGCAUGGAGUAUGAUGGAUAACUUCGAAUGGUUGGCUGGAUACUCGGAAAAAUUUGGGCUUUAUCACGUGGAUUUCAACAGCCCCAACAGAGAGAGGACACCAAAGAAGUCAGCUAUCUGGUAUAAAAGAGUGGUCGAGACGAAAUGCGUUGUAGAUGAUUGUGUCGACGCAAAAUUAUAGAUCGAUAACAAAUCCACAACUGUUGCAAUAAUACAUCAUAUUGGUACAGAUCCUGGAUUCAAAUGUUUGAAAAUUAGAUCUCCACAAGUUGUAUCGUUAUUAUGUGAAUGAGUUGGAUAUGCAAAAUGUUCAAUUAAACUUUGCGACAUAUGAAUAAUUUCCAGAAUUUUUGACAUUCUCUAUUGAAACACCAUGUACAUAUUGAGAAAUAAAGAUAUUAUUCUUGAA